GGCAGAGUGGAUUGACUGUCAGCUGUCACAUGUUGGCAGCGUGAAGCAGGAGGCUGUAGAGACCGACCUGAUCCUGUAGGGACUCUCUGCAUUUAUGGUCACAUGAAUGUCAGCGCUGCAGGCCAGAUGCCGGUGAUGGAGGAGCUUGUCAGUGAGAGCGACAGCAUGCCAAAGCGGAUGGCUCUGAUCUGCUUCCUGUCUCUGGUCAUGCUGAUGAGCAUCCUGGGAAACCUGCUGGUCAUGGUGGCCGUCUGCAAGGACAGACAACUCAGGAAAAUCAAGACCAAUUACUUCAUCGUGUCUCUGGCGUUCGCGGACCUGCUCGUAUCGGUGCUGGUGAUGCCGUUCGGCGCCAUCGAGCUCGUCCACCAGCACUGGAUCUACGGCGAAACCUUCUGCCUGGUCCGGACAUCGCUGGACGUCCUGCUGACCACAGCGUCCAUACUGCACCUGUGCUGCAUCGCCCUGGACAGGUACUACGCUAUCUGCUGCCAGCCGCUCGUCUACCGGAACAAAAUGACGCCGAUGCGAGUUGCUCUGAUGAUCGGCGGCUGCUGGGUCAUUCCCACCUUCAUCUCUUUCUUGCCCAUCAUGCAGGGCUGGAACAGCAUCGGCAUUGACCACCUGAUUGAGCAGAGGCGCCACAGUGAAGGCAGCAACUCCACAUCCUGCGUCUUCAUGGUCAACAAGCCGUACGCCCUCACCUGCUCUGUGGUGGCCUUCUACAUCCCCCUGGUCCUCAUGGUGCUGGCCUACCAGAGGAUCUACGUCACGGCCCGUGCGCACGCCCUGCAGAUCAGUAUGCUGCAGCGGGCGGGAGGAGCGGGGACCAGCGCGGCGGGUACCUCCGGUGCCAACGCCGGGGUCGGCGCUGGUGCGACGUCAGACUCUGCCGACCAUCAACGCAACCACCGCAUGCGAACAGAAACGAAGGCGGCGAAGACUCUGUGCAUCAUCAUGGGGUGUUUCUGCCUCUGCUGGGCGCCGUUCUUCGUCACCAAUGUGGUAGACCCCUUUAUAGACUACACAGUGCCGGACAAGCUGUGGGCGGCCUGCCUCUGGCUGGGCUACAUCAACUCCAUGCUGAACCCCAUCCUCUACGCCUUCCUCAACAAGUCCUUCCGCCGUGCCUUCCUCAUCAUCCUGUGCUGCGGGAGGAAGAGGUACCGCAGGCCGUCCAUCCUGGGGUCCGGCGCUCCCUGCACAGCCACGCAGAUCAACGGCUCCACACAUGUACUCAAGUAUUCUGUCCUUCACAACGGGAACCACACGGAGCAGGAGAAGAAGUCCCUGCACAUCGGCACAGAGUCCCACGAGUCCUGCUUGUGACCAACGACGACUCCUCAGUCACAUCUCCAUCGACCUCGGCUCUCCCACCACCGUCGCCACAGGAGCUGAUGGAAACACGCCCCGGCCUGAAACCCCUGACGCAGAGCUCCAAACCCAGA